AUGAAUAUAUUACCCAAAAAAAGGUGGCAUGUGAAGAAUAGGGAUAAUGCUGCUCGUGUUGAGGCGGAUGAGGCACUUUUUCGGAAGAAGCAAAAUGACUUAUCUAUCCGAAGUUUAUUAGCUACACAAGAAGCUAGGGCAGAUUAUCUCAGACGAAGGGUGCAUGAUAAAUCUGCAGACAAGUCGGUCCUCAGUUCGCAGGACACCCUGCACCUCUUCGCAGACAUUGAAGGAAAUCGUAAUUUGUUUGCCUCAAACACGGAAUAUGAGGAAGAACUAAAAAAAGAAAAGGAAACACAUGAGAAGAAACUUGGGAUUCUUAAAUACCUUGUCGAGGCCGAUGAUAGCCUAGCAAACGUCAAGCCAUGGUGGUCUGAGGUUCCCAAACGCGCUAAGGAAGCGGAACCCCUCGGAACUCUGUUGGCGUCAGAUGAAGUGGACAUGAAGCGGAAACAAAAAUCUGACCCCCUCUUCCAUAUGAAGAAAGUUGAAGAAGAGUUCGCUCGUAUCCGUGAAGUUAAGCAGGCCAACGAGAUCAAAGAACGUGCUGCUGCUGCUCAAAUCAUGUCAUCUUGUUCUUCUCUCUUUCCAGAUGAUAUUAAAACCCCUGGUAUAAAGCGUUCACACAAUGACCAAGAGGGUCCACAAAACAGCAGAGAUGCGAAACAGGAAAAGCAAAGAAAACUAGAACGACUUCGCGCAGAACGAUUAGUUCGUGAGCGCGCUGAACGUGAUCGAGCUGCAGUAGUGUUGUGUAGAUCGAUGGGUCUUUCGGCGGCAGCCAAGGCAGCAGCAGCAAAGAAGGAGGAGAUGGUGGUAGUGGAUGAGCGGCAGCUGCCAUUCAAUUCAGCCUUCAAUCCCGAGCUCUCUACUCUGGCGGCGGAGCGACGGAACGCCCAUCGGUCGGAGGUGAAUGGCCAUCACGAGGGCUGUACUGGGAUAAUCAGGAAAUCUCCAUUAACCUCAGCUAUGAAUCGUUUCAGCCACAUAAAAAUGAAUCUCAGCAGUCAAAUUGCAAACAUUCAGAAUUAUCGUUCAUCGGAUGUUCCCAUCCUGUGUCAUCUACUAAAGUGUGAAAAGCUCAACAAUCGUGGCAAACUCGAAGUCCGAAAUUUUUCGCAGUACGCAAUUACACGACCAGUCCAAAUAUGCAUUCGGUAG